GCAAAUUUGCUGUCACAAACAGGACGCUCGUAUGACUGUUCUUUAUGGUAAAAACUGAGCAAGAUUUCCAGCAAUUCAAAGCGUAUUUUCGAGGUUUAUGAAAGCUGUGAAGUCCGUAAAGACAUUGCUUGAACGAACAGUGUCAGUAGGACGGUAAAUGCGUAUAUUUGCCGUUAAAAAGCUGCCAGCUUUGGUAUUGUUUGUGUAAGCUUUGCUAAUGGCUGUCUCGUUGUCUUGUCGGAAACGCUGUGUCUGUUUCGUGAAAAAACGUGUGCGCGCCGACAGAAUUUCCCAAAGAAUUAUUGCUUGGAUCUUGCAAUUUCUAAGCAUCGAUUUGUGCGAUAUUCGUUGGGUAUGUGAAUAAUGACGGAUGGCAAAAUCUGACAAGACCAAACCCUCUGAACCAGAGAACAUUGACACCACACUAGACACAGUGUUGAUCACUGCUCUACAGGAAAACUUUGAAGUCAAAAGCGGUUGCCAUAUAGACAGAAAUGAAAUUCUCGAGUUCCUUCGAUCUGUUAUCGUAGAACAUCCGGAACUGAACUUUGUUUUACAGCAUCGUGAUACAAAGCUAUCCAGUAGGAUUUACAAGGCUUUUCCAAAAGUGACAACCAAGCGUGUUGCAGUACCAAAUAUCCGUGGCAAGAAAACAUGGACAUACACAAACUUGAGACGUAUCGCUGGCGUAAAAGACACUCAAACUAAACAAGACACUAAACCUGGUAAAACUCCUGUGAGAAAGGCAGGAAAAAAUGAAGAAACGAAAACAAAAACAGAGAAAGCUGUAGAAUCAUCAAGUUUGGUGCUGGGUCUUAAACGGGAAAGAAGACAGGUUAAGAGCAAAAGAAACAUUCAAAGUGCUUCUAUGGUUCAUCGAAAUUCAUUUUUUGAGACGUACAAACAAGAGAGCAGUAAAAAACGUAAUCGAAUUGUUGGCAAUGUUCCUCAUCAUUCCUAUCUUGGAAGAUUUAAUGAUAUGCUCAACUGGGUGAAGGAACACUAUAUACUCGACAAAAACUCCUCAGUCCAAGUGAAACAUAUCGUGGAAUGCAUCAAGACCGAGUUCAAAAUCAACAUCACCUACAAACAAUCUCACAAGCUUAUAUUUGCUGUCUUUCCGGGAACGACAAGUCGUGUUGAACAUCCUGUUAAAAUCGAAGCUCAUGGAGGGUACUACUCUUACAAGGGCGUGGCCCCAAUGCCAAAACCGGGAUCCGAAGAACAGACGCCUAUCGCCCCUGAGAUGAACCAUAGCCCCGCUAAAUCAAUCGAAGCACAAUUAUCUGUCACAAAAUCAGUAAAUACAAAACAGACGCAAAGUUCUCAGAGUGGCUCAGCAGCGUUAGACGACGGCCGCAAACGGAUAUUUCGAACGCGGAAACGCUUCAUCGAAGCAUGCGCUGUGCUGAAACCAGCCGAGGAAGCUUUAACCUCACCGGACAGUUACGAUGUCUUACCGAUGAAUUCCGAUGUUCUACACAAGGCUCACGCUAUUAUACCGAGGGUUUCCGAUGUUUCGCCUAGUAUUUCCGAGGGAGCAACAAGAUUGGCCGAAGGGUCUCUUCUUUCCGAUAUGACCCCGAGGUUUUCCGAAUUGUCGCCGAGGCUUUCUGAUGUGUCGCCGAGGUUCUCGAAAGUAACACCGAAAUUUUACGAACUGCCUCCGUCGAUUUCCGAUGAUUUACAAAGAUGCGAGAGUAACUGGCAGCGUCUUUAUGAAGAGUUAAAGCAAGAACGAGAUCAGGCAAUCGUUGAACGAAAUCAAGCGAUGGUUUCUCUCAUGGAAAUCGAACGAGAACAAGCGGCACGAACGCCUGACGACGUGCCACGAUGUCAGGCGACACCUCCCGAGGUUGUGCUGAGUAUCUCGCGAGCAACUGCGAAGUCAAACGACCGCAGACGUGAGAAUCCGGAUUGGCUACGAAGUUUGAUCAGCCGAAGUAAUUCCAUCCUCGGGGAACAAAUGUCUGAAGCGAACGCCGUUUAUUUCCCUGGAUCAACUUUACAGAGAAGCAGUCCCGGAUUCCUUAAACAAUCCGGAAACUCUGCUGACUACCCGGAUUUGGAAAGAUACGAACAGUUGAAACAAGAGCGAGACGUGAUCUGGAAGAAUUGCAUUGAGAAAUUACGAACGGAGAAGGACAAUAUCAUACAACAACUUAAGCUGGAAAAAGUGGAGGUGAUACAACGCAUGGAAAUGGAUAAGAGUGAUGCGGUUGAAUCCGUUGAGGAGAAACUGACCAAUCAGGUGACGAUAUUGACGCGGGAAAUGCGAGAGUUGAAGGAAUUGUUGAAUCACACGAUGAACGAACGAACGCUGGCGAUUGAUCAUGCGCAUAAGCUUAUGAAACUUGUUGGUGAAGAAAAACUAAAAGAAGCUGGUUUAGAUCAUCUUCCUUUCGACGUUACCAGCGAUCACAUCGUUCAUCCUCCAAAACUGAAUUCUCCAGAUGAAACUGUCAGUCAGAAGCCUUCGACAUCGUUAGCCAAGGGAAAUAAAAGGAAGCAAUCAAUGCCUGCGAAGUUGAAGAAAGUUCCGAGACUUGAAACUUCUGUGAGUACGGAUUCCGAGAAACAAGAUCUUAAUAUUUCUGACCAUCGACAAACUGUAAGUACGGAUUCCGAGAAUUUAUUAAUUGAUCUCGAGUUUUCGUACGUUGGUCGCGACACGGUUAAUAGCGAUAUUGGGGGAGCCGAUGCAAUCAUCAAUACUACCGAUAGAAUCAUCAAUAAUACCGAUAGUGGGCGUAUCGAUAAUCGGGCUAUCGGCGAUGAAUCGGAUGAUAGUCGGAAUAGCGAUAAAUUCGAUCUUGAUAAUGACGCGUGUGGUACAUCUGAUUUCAAAACUUUGGAGGAAACUGUCUGCACCCCGCCGCAAAAAUGUUCUCCAACCCCUCCUGCCGAUAAUUCUACGUCACCUAAAGUCGUCUUUGCUGACGAACGCACAAAUUUGAAUUCAUCCAUGGAAGUGUUAGAUUCCGAAAGCAUCUUAAAUUCCGAAUUUUCUAGAAAGGGAGAUUCGAACUUGAAUAUUUCUAAGAAACCCGAUAAUAUAAUCGCCUCGUCUGCUUCGGAGAAAAAUGAUGACUUGACUAUAACGAAGCUUGAAGUCACGAAUUCUAAACUCCAAAUAGACGUUUCGGGAAAUGCCAAUGUGAUCUCAAAUUCUAAUCAAGAUAUUCUCGAAAAAUUGAAUGCAUCUGAGAGUUCUUCCACUUCUGAAAAUUGCCAAAUUUCUGACGAAUGUCAAACCUCUGAAAAUCUUGGUGCUUCGCUCAAAUCGCCUUCCCAGACCAAUUCCGAGAAGAAAUUCGCCGCAUCGCCUACCAACUCUUGUAAUAUAGACACAAAUUAUGAGAAUUCCUCGACAGAUAGUCCGCAGAGUACUGGCAGCUUUCCCGGAAAAUCUGGAACUUCGCUUGCGUUGAACACUCCGAAGUACUACUUCGACACGUCCGGGAAUUUUUCAUCUGUAACUUUGAAUUCUAAAAAAUAUUCGCACGAACUUCAACAGCCUUUAAAUUUCUCGAAAUAUGUAACGGAAAUUCCAAGAAAUGUGCUACAUACAGAAGUCCAGAAGGUUGAUCCUGUAAUAAUGGGUGACUCGGAAUACAUCAAACAUGAGAGCACGAAAAGUUUCGAAGAAUCGAUAAACUCGACUUUUUUGAAGUAUUUCCCAGAAAUACCAAAGAGCUCGUUCAAUUCCCCGUUAACAGGUGACUCUGGGAAGUAUUUUCGGGAUUUGCAGAGAACCGUGCGUUCGUCUGUAGAGUCGGAUUCUCAGAAGUAUAUUCAAGAUCAUGGAAACCAAGCUCUGGUGUUCUCGGAUAAAGAAGGUAUCCCUGAACAAAGUAAAGUAUCCUCAAUCGACUUUUUAAAUUCCAUGGUCGAAAAUAUUGGAAAGCCGACGGUGUAACGAAACUCAGUUCACUGAGCUUCAUGUGUAUCUGGAGUAGCAUCUCUCAAUGAGCUUUUAAUGUGGCUUUUUACUGUAAUAAAGAACUUUGCUGGCAAAUUCUUAUAUCAAGUAUCCGACUAAGACCGGAAAAGACCGCCUGGCGGUAUAGUUCUUAAGGCCUAUUUAGACUACACGAUAAGUUGUAUGCAAUAAUCAUUCUGACGGAUGCAAAAGAGGGCCUAUGCCACAAUCUUCGUUCAUAUUGUUCAGGGUGGAAUUUAAAGUGUCACGUUUGUACGUGUGUUCAUACGUUCACAUACGCCAGGGUACGAAUCGUAUACGACAAAUCGCGUAGUGUAAAUAGGCCUUUAGACAUUUUUGUAAUGGAUGACUAAGUGAGAAAAUUUUAACAAUUGUACUGUUUGAAUUAUUUGUGUUUUUUCACAUAUACCUCACACAAGGCAUUCCUUCGUGUUCUACUUGUGAUGAUAAAAACUCCUGUCUCUUUUUUGAAAGAGUUUAAUGAAACAGCAACACCUCUGCAUUAGCAAAGAAAUUUAGUAAAUCAGAAAAUGAAAGUGAAAUUUUAUACAAAUCAAAAGAAAUCUUUAUCACAUAUAAUACAAGAUUGAUUAAAAAUGUAUUGCUUAUGAGAU